AUGAGAAUUUUAACUAAAUUACUCUUAAAGUCUAAGAUAUAUUCAAAUGAAAUCAGUAGUUCAGGGGGAUAUCAAUGCUUGCAAUAUUUGAAGACACUGAGGAAUUUUCAGAAUGAUGGACUUUACACAGUUUAUUUGGGUGAAACACUUAUUUCUGAAAACCUGAUAACAGGUGAUGUCUCCUAUAGUAUAACCAAAGCCAAAUGGCCUCCUGGAGGAUUGACAUUAAUCCAUGCUGGGGGAAUCAGAGGCUGGGUACCAUGGCAACACAAGGUCUUCUUCCAGUCACAAGAACUGUGGACAUUUCCAAAGACUAUAAGUGGCAAUGGUCAAAUCUUUGAAGAUUUAUGUCAGGGGCUCAGGGAGUCCUAUGGAAAAUGUAUAGUCGUGAUGAGCUCCAAACACUGGGCCCCUGUACCAGGAGGGCAGAUUAAAAUUUCUUCUGACGACCCAGCAGUGACUCCUCCAUUGAGACCAGAAGUCAUCCUGAAUACCCCAUCGCAAUCUCCUCUGGCCAUCCAAAUGACUAAGGAUUCUUGUCCUAAGAUUGCAAGACACUAUGGCCAUAAGCUCUUGUAUCUCCCAGCUAGCUAUCCUCAUCUCAGUCCUUUAGAGUCAGCAUGGGCUUCAAUUAAAUGGUCUAUAAUCAGCAACAGGAAAGAUUUUACUGUCACAGGUUUGCCAAAGAUGAAAGGCUACAAGUGUAUUCACUUAAAGACUUUGAUUGAAAGUGCUAUUGAGGGGGUAACACCAUACAAAUGGAAAGCAUCCUUUAACAAAGUCAGGAGGUGGGAGAAUCGAUAUCUUUACAAACAAGAGUAG